ACGAGAGAACGAAAGCGGAAAUCAGGAUCGAGUAGUGAGGACUCUCUUGUGAUUCCUCCUCCUGUACCUGCGGAGGCUUUAGUCAUUCCUCCUCCUCUACCGAAACUGGAAGAACGACAAGAGUUGCAGUCAUUAACUCACGCGGAUUUUCUUGAAAGAGACGGCUCUCAAUUCACUGACAGCAGAGCCAAUGACAUUCCUAAAGGACGAUACAAUGUCAGGGAACUCACUGUUCUCGCGGCCCCGUGCUUAUGCGAAAGCCGGUGA